ACCCGUAGCCCUUGUGGGCUACGGGUCUAAUUGUUAAUUAUACCUCCCAACUCAAAUACAUUUUCCGAAUGGAGAAGGAUGUGUCACAUGUCGUGGGUCAUAACUCACUAACUCCCCGGAGCGAACAAAACUCACUAACUUGCUAGGACUCCUUGAACUUUCGACUUGCACAUGAUCAGGUCAUGCUCCUUGAGACCGCGGCUAAUUUGUGAGCCAGCUGGAGUCAAGCAAAGGAUUUCCUUGCAUUUUUUUUCUACUUUUUGAGUAGGGAGGUAUAACAAAACACUUCAUGACUGGUCCCAUGGGAAACAGUGAGUUUCGUUUCCCCUCGAACUCAAUGCUCCCCUCAGCUUUGCCUCUGGGAACUUUGAGGGUCUCGGGAAACAAAACUCACUGUUUCCCUUGGGACCAGUCAUUAAGUGCUUAUUGUUGUGGAGCAACACUGAAAUUAUUUACUUGUUUGUUUUCCCAAAACUUGUCGCAUCAUUUAUAGGUUAACUCUUUCCACUUGCCCUAACUUGGACUCAUGGUUUUCUUGCUUUGAGUGGUUUGAUUUUAUCAUCCAUUUGGUUUACACAGAAGACAAUCAAAGUUGUAGACAAGUUAAAGGACUCUGUCACAAUGCAGUUUUCAAGAGUCUUUUUUUUGCAGCAUACAAAAUUGCCUGAAGAAAAACAUAAAAAGCACAAGGAUGGUUCAGGGUGUAGAAGAUUACAUUAGAUUGUCAAUGAAAAACUUGAAACAUUUUGGCUACAUUUUUCAAAAUGUACAAACUCUGAUAUAGCUGCUUUAAUUUUCAGCAAUCUUUUGUUACCUUUUUGACUGCCUUUCAUAAGCCUGAACCUAAAUGUACAUGACUGAUGGUACAUAAAUGUAAUUCAAUCUCUUACAUUUUAUUCUAUUUUUUGUUAGAACAUUGAAGAACUAAUGGGUGGAAGCAAUGAAGAAGGCCCAAGCAUUGCUUUUUUAACUGGGAUCUUCUUCUGUCUGAAUUUCCUCGCUGCAACUCAAGACAUUGCUGUUGAUGGCUGGGCACUUACAAUGCUAUCCAGAGAAAAUGUCGGUUAUGCCUCGACUUGCAACACUGUUGGCCAGACUGCAGGAUACUUUAUGGGAAAUGUUGUGUUUUUAGCCCUUAGUUCCGCCGACUUUAGCAAUAGAUAUCUGAGAACUCAGCCAUUGGAUGAUGGAGUAGUCACUUUCUCAGGAUUUUUUUAUUUUUGGGGAAUUGUAUUUUUAGUCACCACAACAUUAGUUGGAUUGUUUAAACGUGAAAAGUCUGAGAUAGAACUUCAUGGAGAGGAAUCUGUUGAAGGAAUCGUUGAUGGAUACCAAACCUUGAUGAAAAUCUUGCGCUGUCCAAGUAUUUUAAGACUCAUGGUUAUAUUGCUAACAUUUAAGGUUGGCUUUUCAACUGCUGACUCGGUGACUGGCCUCAAACUGAUUGAAGCAGGAGUUCCUAAAGAGAACCUUGCUCUUCUUGCUAUCCCUAUGGUUCCAAUUCAGAUUCUACUGCCCCUUUACAUCAGCAGAUACACAGCAGGUCCUCGUCCCUUGGAUGUGUUUCUCAAGGCUUUCCCAUACAGACUCUUUAUGGGCAUGGUAUUCAUGAUGUGUGUAUGGUGGGCUAAUGCUGUGCGUGGACCUGGGCAGGAGUUUUAUCCCAUAUACUUUUAUGUCACAAUCUUAUUGGUGUAUGCUGUCCAUCAGGUGACACUGUACUGCAUGUUUGUGGCCAUCAUGGCAUUCCAUGCUCGUAUCAGUGACCCACGUGUCGGAGGGACUUACUUAACUCUUCUUAACACACUGACUAACCUUGGAGGCAACUGGUGUCAGACAUUAGCCUUGUGGCUUGUCGAUGGACUCACCUGGACAAACUGCGUAGGUGCAACCAUACCAGGACUGCAUUGCAGUAGCAAGACAAGUGCUAAGGAUUGUACCAAUGCUGGAGGUGUGUGCGAGACAUGGAUUGAUGGAUAUUACGUGGAGUCCAUAGUCUGUGUAGUUAUUGGUAUUUUAUGGCUUCGGUGGAAAGGCCAACAGACACGGUCUCUACAAGAUUUACCAGAAUCUGUUUGGAAAUACCAAUAAAUAAGAAUAAUCUAAUAUAUAAAUGAGGAUAAAUGAAAAGCACCCACUGCGACUUGGCUAUUAAUACAUUUACAACUAUUUAACAUGAAAAGGAAGCAUACAUUUUUUUUUUUUUAUUUGCAAUAACACAAGGGAAACCAAUGCUUACUUACAACACUAACUCUAUUUACAUUAUAUUGCUCUAAUUAUUUACACUAUUUCAAUUACAAUAACUAAACGACUUACAUUACUAACAAAUACAGUUACACGACUUAGACAAUUAAGAACAUGCAUACAUGUGCUUUUAAAAGAUGUUAUUUUAAGAGUCAAAUAGGUUUGGCCAGUAAGAACAUGAAACAUGUAUGAGUCGCAACUCCUCGUUAACCCUUACAAAGUACCACAGCAGUAGUGUUGAUAAUUUAGCCUCCUACACAGGGUUACGAUGACAAAUUGAAAAAGCCUGGCAAACUUUUUUUAAAAAUUUCUUUGUCUUGUGAAAGAAAAAUCGCUAAGGAAUAAUGACAAUUUGCACUCCCCUUAACGAUUCACUUCAUUUUGGGGGUUUACGAACGGUUGUGUUCGAGUGAAGGUACUUAGUGAAACUUUAAGCACAGCUUUGACCAAAAAUGCGGCUCAGUCGCCGUAAUGGUACACCUUUAACAAGGGUUAGGAAUGACCAACUUGAAAAAGUUGGCCAACUUUUUCAGGAUGACUUUGCCUCUUGUGAACUCUAAAUAAUGAACUACCAUGCAAGUCAAACUCCAACGGCCCGGUGAGGGCAACAUUCCACUUCCUCGGAAACUCCCAGGCUGCCAGAAGAUUAGUUUACGACUUGGUCUGGACGUCAUAUUGUUGUGUUAGUCGCUAAAAUUACAUGAAUGUAAUUAAAGCACUUUGCAUUAAGCAUAAACCGCGUUGAAAAAGUUUUGCUAACCUGGCCUAGCAUGGUUUUCAAAUGUAACAAGUGUUAAGGUUUCAUUUUACAUUAAAAUUUGUCAGGUGUAAUGUAGACUCUGAUAGCAAAACGUUC